CCUCCCACGCUCGAAAAUUAUCUCUUGCACGCAAACUAACCGCCUCCGGGGCUCCCGCCGCGACGGCACGGCGACGUCAACGACGGCAAGCAACCACCACGCCUGGCCGCCGCCGGUGAUCUAGCAUGCUCCGGAGCCGACAACAGAUAGGCAUACGCCCAUAGCCAAACCGUCCCCUCCCAUCCCCUCCCCUCCCGCCGAAUCGGCGCCAGGAGGAUGGCGUCCCGGCGGGGCAGCAGCAGUUGCGCGCUCUGCGAGGGAUCCAACCUCCCCUCCUGCUGCACCGCGUGCGUCAACGCAAGGCUGGUCGAGUACCACGCGAGGCUGCGCAUGAUGAGGAGCCUCCGCGACUCCCUCCAAGCCCGCAUCGCCGCGCGCCUCGAGGCCAAGAGCGAAGUGGAUGAGCAGAGGAUCUGGAGAGUGAGCAAAACUCAGGAUAUCAUGGAGUUGAGGGAUCGGCUCACUGAGUUGAAGGGAAAAACUGUAAUAGAGAAGACCAAAGUCCAGCAGUCAUCGAGUGAUCUCAAGGCACAAACGGCAUCGCUGAAUUUGGCUUUUGUUACGGUAUAUAUGGGUAGCCGUGCAAUCUCGGAAACUAUGAAUCAAAGCCACAAGAUACUAAUUUAAUGGGACGGAUGGUGUACCUGUGAGGCAAAGAUGCGGUAUCGAGCCUCUAAUCGAUGACACUGUACUGUAUAUACACCAAAGUAGUCUGUUCUACUGGAAAUCAAUACCAUAAUCAAUCAUGCAUGCCUUUUGCUGUUU